GUUGUGUUUCUGUCCGUUUUGUCCCUCUGGCGCCGCUGUAGUUUCUGCAGUACAUUGGGCAGUGUGUGUUUAAUAAUGUUGACAGCAUUGAGUCUGCGUGGCGCGGCUCUCUGCACGUUGAGCUGCGAAGUUUUAGUCUAAAAAGUAAAUAAAUCAAUCUAACUGUCACUGCGGUGUGUACAGACAGAGUUCGCGUGUAUUAUUAAGGGCCAAAGUUGCGUUUACGUUUUUUAUUUUUUUUAAUAUUAUCGUUGAAAAGGCAAACUGUGUACCUGUGCACCGCACAGCUGAUACUGCGAGGAAACCAGUUUAACAGAUUACUGAGAUAAUAACAACGCGGGGGAAACAAACAAACAAAAGAAGGAGCUAUUUUAAAAGCGAUCCGGCUUUAAUAUAAACCUUUAGUUUUGUACACGACUUGUGAAAAUAUACCAUCUAAUAUUUUAUGGUUUGUGCGUCAUAACUCGGUUCUGGUUGAGUGGUGGGUGCGGUGUAUUGAAAUACGGAAGAUUUUUGUUUUUAACACAAUUUUUUGUUUUUUUUUGUUCUGAAUAUUUAUUUAUUUAUUUAUUUAUUUAUUAAUUAAUUAAAACGCGACAUCGCUGCUGUAAAUAAAGCCGGGGGUCUGUUCAGUUUGAAGUCGGUUUCGGAAGAGUUCUGGAGCUCCGCACUGACGCCUCGGAGCCGCCCCGAUGUCGCCGGUACCGGGUCCUGCAGUUCAGAGGGGCGGGGCGGGGGUGCGCCAUCCCUGGGUUCUGGUCCUACUGCUUUCGGUGGCAAAUUCAAAACCGCUGGAUAUCUGUGAUAACGGGAAGAGCUUUCUGGAAGUGGACCUGCCUCCCCCAGAAGCAUACCAGUGUCCCGGGCCUCACUGGCCCCUCCCAGACAAGGAACUUUCCAGCGUGGACAAAAAAUAUCCCAUACAGCGCUCCUCGCACAUCUGCAUGGGCAAGCCAAUCAAGUACAACGAGACCAUCCCCAACAGUGGGAGGCACCGUCCGCAGUGGGCUCAUUAUGGAGAGUACCUGUACUGCCCUCCCCAGCGCUGGGUGCACAAUCUGGAGCACGGCGGGGUAGCGUUCCUGUACCACCCGUGUGCCCCUCCCUCCCUGCGGGCGAGCCUGUCUGCUCUGGCACGCUCCUGCCUCUUCAAGCACAUCGUCACGCCAUUCCCCGGGCUGACACGCGCGCGGCCCCUUGCCCUGGCCGCCUGGGGCCGCACGCUGGAGAUGUCCCAUGUGACCCUGAUGGAGGCUGCUGAUUGGCUGCGGAGCAGUGUGACCAGGGCUCACGAGUCAGGGAUGAGAGAGGACGGGCUGUACAACCUCCUGCUGAUCCGGGGGUCGAAGGUCGUGUCUGACGAGACUGACAGAGACGUGUGUCCCCGAGCAGAGGUGCAGGCUCAGAGGCAGCAGCUGUUUAUAGAGAGACUGCCACCAUGGAGGGAGGGAAGAGAGAGAGAAUGGACAGAGGAGAGAGGGGGCUGGGUGAGGAAGAGAAGAGUGAGGAGGAGUGUGCUAGGGAGGAGAAGCGCCAGGAUGAACGAAACAAAAAAGGAUGAAAAAACCCCAAACCACCUCCUCCUCCCCUCCCCUGCUCCGCCCGGCGCGGAGGUGAAGAGAAGAGGAACUAACGAGACCGUCGGGGGAACCGAGGGAGUGAGAAAGCCCUCUACAGGAGAGCAAAUCCAAACCCAGAACCAGCCAGGAGACGAGAGGGGAAGGGAAGAAGGGAACGAGACUCACUCACACGGAGAAGAUAAUGCAGCAGCAACAGGAGAGAAGGCAGGAAGCAUGCAAGGAGUGGAAAAGAAACGCAUUGAUGCUGGGAAGAUGAUAAUCAAAGGAGUGAAAAGUGAAGAAGGGAAGGCAGCGGACUCAAAAAGAGGUGAGAAGGGAGAGCCUGAUGAAGCGUCAGAGAGGACUCCUGUGUGCCCUCACAGCGCGGCCCCCCCUGGGCACUGUGACUGCAGUGGCAGGGAUCACUCUCAGGGUGGCGCUGCAGUAGUAGGGAGCAGGUUGAGGGGCAUGCAAGACCCCACUCUCCGCACAGAGGAGGCUGCCUGGGCUGCAGCUGCCCUGGGCUUCCUGCUGGUGGUGCUCACGCUGUCCGUCCUGCACACCCGGCUCUACAGGAGAUGCCAGAGGGGACCCAGUCUGUACUGGUCAUCGCCCAGCUUCCAGGGAUACGACACUGUGGCAGAAGUGAUCAAGAAAAGGCUGAAGAGGGGAGGAAAGAGGAAGAGACGGGUUUACAAGCCCAGGAAGAGGGAGGAGGAGGAGGAGAAGCGUGCGCUACUGAGAGCCUUCAGCAGCGAAGAGUCCGACUGACAGACCCACCCCCCCUUCCCUCCGAUGUGCCGUCCAGUCCGACUCCACAGCUCUGUCUCCCUCCCUCCCCUCCUCCAGUGCCUUCGUUGAUGGGUAUCCAAAGAGGAAGCCAGGAUCUUGACUGGAUGUUUUUAAAUCGGGGUCUGUAGGGAUUACACUCCUGCUUUCCGGGUCGCUGACAAGACUUUCCUAAAGUGGAUCUGCUACAGAAUGCAAUUUUAUUAUCGGUGUUCAUUCUGAUGUUAUGGGUCUAAAUCCUACACCUUUUUCCCCUCUAUCAAAAGGUACCAAAAAAACCUACAAAAACUCAAGUGUGAUUGUUUUGAAACAUAUUUAUUUGGGGUAUUUUAAAAGCACUUGCAGUUCUAGGUCUCUCAAUCUUCUCCUGGACCAGACGAUGUAGGUGACCCGUAAGACCGUCAUAGGAACUGCACAACAAAGGCUGACUGGGUUUGGACAGUGGAAAUGCAGAUAAAGUGGACCGGAACUGUACCCAAAGCAAACCGCCCUGAAUGGAACUCGGAAACUGGACAUAGGUACUGACUAACUUUAUACAGGGGGCUGUAGUUUAUUUUAUAGAACUGUAAUUAGCUUUUUUAGAUGGUACUCUAUAUAUAGUUUUUAUUUUUUAAAGAUAUUCUACUAUUUUUGUAAUGUUUAAUAGAAACACUACCUGCCUGGUCGGAGCCAGUGUCGCCUGCUUGUGUGUUUGCCGAUUCAAGCCGGCAGUUCUCUCCCCAGCUUGAUAGAGGAUGUGCACAAUAUUGUAACCAGAAUGAAUAUUUUUUUUACUAGAUGCCACUGUGCCAGCAGCAGCCAUGUGCUUCAGUGUUUUUUCAGUAGUGCAACAGAUUUGUCAAGGACAUUGUUGAUUUAACUGAUUAAAAAGUAGUUUUUUUUGUGCCAAGUUAGUUGCAUGUCGUGUGUGAAGACAAUAACAUAGCUUGUUUUACAUUCAAA